AUGCCCCGCCCGAAACGCGACCUCCUGGCUACGGUCGAACAUACUCUGAUACCUCCAGAGUCGCUCUCAGAUGGAGAAGUCAUAGCUCGAAUCGUUAAAGCCGCUGGGAAUAAUCUGUACAAGGCGGAACUGCCUGGAGGAAAGCCUGUGCUCGUCGAGCUUGCGGAAAAGUUUCGAUCGACGAUAUGGAUAAAGCGAGGAAGCUACGUUGUCGUCGAUACGACGGCACUGGCAGAGAGACGGAAUAAACUCGAUGGAGAGAUUGUGAAUAUUGUACGGGACGAGAAGGAAUGGAGGAAAAUGAGAUAUUGGCCGAAAGAGUUCGCAAAGAAAUCGACGUACCCUGAAGAUAGCGAUGACGAGGAGUCAACAGUUGGAAAGCUGCCGCCGACAGACUCGGACGAGGAUUGA